AUGGCUUGGUGGAAAACAGUCUCCUGGGCUGCCCUGGUCCUCUGGGCUCGUGUAUCACUUCAAUCACAAUGUCAACUCGCGCAAGAAGACAACCCACGUAUGUUCGUACUCAGCGAUAUCGCAAACGAGCCAGAUGAUGCGCAGUCCCUCGUUCGCCUGCUGGCCUACGCCAAUGAAUUCCACAUCGAAGGCCUUGUCGCCACCACCAGUAUCUGGCUGAACGACACGACACGACCAGAUGUAAUGCACGAAAUUGUAGAUGGCUACGGACAGUCCCUGCCAAAUCUACAAGCCCACGCAACCGGAUGGCCGUCGGCUGCAAAUAUCAAAAAGGUAAUCGCCUCUGGUCUCCCAGUCUACGGCAUGGACGGAGUCGGCGAGGGCAAAGACAGCACAGGCUCCAGACUCCUCGUCGAGGCAGUCGAUGGCUCCGACGAGCCCUUAUGGAUUCCCAUCUGGGGCGGUGCAUCUGUUCUCGCCCAAGCCCUCUGGCACGUCAAUGCAACCAGACCAGCUGCAGAGAUCGAGCGCUUUGUAAAGAAAGUCCGCGCGUACUCAAUCUCCGACCAGGACAACACAGGGCCGUGGAUCCGGCGGAACUGGCCACAGCUGUUCUACAUCGCGAGCGUCCACCACUUCAACCGGUACGCCGUCGCCGCCUGGGGAGGAAUGUCAGGCGAAAUGUACUACCACUUCCCAUGCAACGCGGACAACGAGGUAGUCUCGCCGGAGUGGGUGCGCACGAACAUCCAGAAUACAGGACCGCUUGGGUCCAAGUACCCGGACGCCGAGUUUAUCCUCGAGGGCGAUUCGCCGUCACUGCUGUACAUGAUCCCCAAUGGACUGUCGGACCCCGAGCAUCCGGAAUGGGGCUCAUGGGGGGGUCGAUAUGGCCCGGUCGCGUACGGAGAAGGCCACUUUGCCGAUAGUGUCGAUACACUGGUGGAUGCAGAGGGGCGAACGAUUAUGGGCUCCCAUGUUACGAUCUGGCGAUGGCGCGAGGCCUUCCAGAAGGACUUUGCGGCGCGCAUGCAGUGGACGGCGACGGGUGAAUAUGAUAAGGCCAACCAUGCACCGGUUGCAGUGGUCAACGGUAACCCAGGACGACACGUCAUUGAAAUGGUAGUCGAGGCCGGCCAAGAGGUUAUUCUCGAUGCCAGCGAGUCAUGCGAUCCUGAUGGGCGUGCUCUCAUGUUCAAAUGGUGGCAGUACCGCGAGCCGUCGUCGAACAACAACACGCCCAGACGAGAUGUGGCAGACCUCGAAAUCAGCCAUCCGGAGUCCCCUUCGACGACUGUUACGAUUCCACCCGAAGAAGUUCUUCGUCGACCAGGGCGGAAUGCGCAGCCGGAGAGCGACAAGCACCUGCAUUUGAUUCUGGAGGUAUCGGAUGGGGAGCUGGUGGCGUAUCGGCGGGUUAUACUCACUAUCGAGUCUGUAUCUAGGCCGGGACAUGAUGAGCUGUAG